AUGCGCCCUUUUAAGCGGAAAGCAGACGAUGCGGCAGCUUCUAUCAAUUCUGCGGUCAAGAAGCCACGCCCUACUUCAUUUCUGUCGAAACAAUACAAAGACUCAACAAAUGAGAUCAAGUACGGCAUCGUCCUCCGCAAGUAUUAUCCGCCGGAGAUGACCAACGCGCGUGCCGAGGCGUAUAAUGCUGGCGAGAUCGAGCGACCCAUAGAGACAUUGGAAAAAGCCAUCAAAGGAACACAAGAAGAUCGAGAUCGGAUACAGCCAGGUGACUGUGUGCUUCACUGGUUCAAGUGUGACUUGCGCACCACAGACAACAAGGGACUGCAUCUGGCAAGCAGCAUGGCCAAGGUGCACAAUGUGCCCCUUAUUGGCCUUUAUUUGAUAUCACCUCAAGACUUCGAAGCUCACCUGACAGCCCCUGUGCGCGUCGACUUCAUUCUUCGCAACCUCCUCGUCUUGAAGAAGGAUUUGAAUGAUCUGGACAUACCGCUGUACGUUGAGACAGUUGAGAAGAGAAGGCAUGUUCCAUCGAGACUCACCGAGCUAUGCACAACUUGGGGUGCUCGGCAUGUGUUCUGCAACGCCGAGUAUGAGGUGGAUGAACUCAGAAGAGAAGCUGCUCUGACCAGAUCCUGCUUAGAGAGGGGAAUAUCGUUCAGUGUCGUUCACGACACUUGCGUUGUCGAACCUGGAAAACUGAAGAGCGGCUCCGGCGGGGCAAUAUCAGUCUACAGUCCCUGGCAUCGAAAAUGGAGCGCCUACCUCAAUCAGCAUCCGAAAGAACUUGACUAUUUUCCUCCACCGGCCAAAAAUCCUCUAGCUUCUCGGGAGAAGUACUCAGAACUAUUCGACACCGAGAUUCCGGCAGCGCCUCUGUCGAAGCAGUUGACUAAGGAGGAAAGCGUGAGAUUCCGUGGUAUGUGGCCGGCAGGAGAACAUGAAGCUCAAGAUCGACUGCACAAGUUCGUACUUGAGAAAAUCGCCAAAUAUCACGAUACUAGGAAUUUCCCGGGAGGCAACGGGACAUCCGUCCUAAGCCCACAUCUUGCAGCAGGUACACUUGCCGCACGGACUGUUGUCAGACAAGCUCGAGAAGCCGCUCCGCUGAAGAAUUUGACUGAUGAUCGGAAACAAGGGCACUCGAUGUGGAUCGCUGAGGUGGCGUGGAGAGACUUCUAUAAACAUGUCCUAUGCCACUGGCCGUAUGUUUGCAUGUAUAAACCUUUCAAACCAGAAUACAGCAAUAUCGAGUGGGAGUACAACUUGAAUCAGUUUAACAAAUGGACCGAGGGAAAGACAGGUUUUCCAAUCGUUGAUGCUGCAAUGCGCCAAGCAGCACAUACUGGGUACAUGCCUAAUCGUUGUCGUAUGAUCGUGGCUUCUUUCUUAGCCAAAGACCUUUUGAUUGACUGGCGUAUGGGCGAAAAAUGGUUCAUGGAGCACCUCAUUGACGGCGAUUUCGCGUCAAACAACGGCGGCUGGGGUUUCAGUGCCAGCUGUGGUGCUGACCCACAGCCGUAUUUUCGAAUUUUCAAUCCCUUGCUUCAAAGUGAGAAGUUUGAUGCGAAAGGGGACUAUAUUCGUAGAUGGGUGCCAGAGCUGGCGGACAUCGAAGACAACAAAGGAAUCCAUGACCCUUACAAUCGCGGCUAUGGGAAUUUGGCUGCGAUGAACGGGUAUCCAAAGCCGAUUGUCGAUCAUAAGCAGUCGCGAGACAGGGCUCUGGCGCGAUAUAAAGCGGGCAUUGGAAGGAACACUACAUGA